AUGGAUGGAGCAAGCUGCAGGUAUAUUGACGAAGGCGAUGCGCAGCGGCCUUCGAUUCUCCAUAUUGCUGCCUCAAUGGGUAACACAGAUUUGGUAACGGAACUCAUGAAUUACAUACCGCCACUUUGCACCGUUGAUGCAUUUGGUAUGCUUCCCGCCCACCGGGCCGCGGAGCGCGGUCACCGCCGGAUUGCUCAACUUAUUUUCAUGGGAUCAGACAAAGAUGCGCGGGACCAAUGGCCAAUAUUCAUGGUCUGCGAAGGCGUCUCACCAUCUACAAUAGAAUUCCUCUUGCGAUUUGGCUUUGGCCCCCAGUGCUCUGACAAGCGAAAACGGACACCGCUGCACAUCGCUUCGUCCACGGGAGCAACAGACAUGUUCGGCAACUUUUGCUCAAGGGGGCAGACAGGGAGGUGCAAGGUGACAAGGGAAUUACGCCACUUCAUGUUGCGGCAUUUGGAGCACUACCACCGACUGUCCGGAUCACCCAUCACACAUGCCGUCAUCGACCAGGGACAGGUUGUCCCGGAGCAGCAAAGGAAAUUUAACGUUAUCUUCGUUCAGGGAUAUUACGAUUCUCCAACCAAGUCGUGGUGUGAUGGGUCGGCUUCAUGGCUGUGGCCUACUAAAUACCUCCCGGCGAGCGAGUCACAUGCCCGAGUCUUCUUCUGGGACCGCCAGUUUAAACUGACAGACUUCUCAAGCGCAGAAGAUGUCCGUCGGCUUGGUGUAAAGCUCUUGGACUUCAUCCGUAGCACAGUGCAUGCUCCAGAGCUCUCUUCAAAAUAUGGAAAAGCUACACCGCUGGUGUUCGUCAGCCACAGCCUCGGUGGUCUGGUGGUGAAAGCAGCGCUCGCUGGUGCAGCCCGGACCAAUGACUCUUGCCUCGGAUAUUUCAAGCGGCAAUUGACAAUCGCCUCGACCCGGGGCGGCACACUUCAUUUAGCGGGCGAGCCAAACCACGUUUCGCCCGGUCGGAUCAGGCUAAGGAAUACAGUAGACUUGACUUGGACUCGAAGGGAGUAUGUCAAGAUCUACACAUCAAGGUCCUCUCCAUCACAGAGACAUUUGGUCAGAAAUAUCGUGGAAUUCCUUCAUGAAAUCUUAUCAGAGAAGCCGCGUCAGCCCAUGUAUCGUAAAAAAGAUAUUAUUUCGGCGUUGCAAAAUGAUCCAGGUGGUUAUAUGCUUGAUACUUUGAACAUAACCACCUCACCACUGCUGAAGUCUCUACCCAGCCUGCCGAAUAAGCCGAUAUACCAUCAUUUGACCCAAUCCUUCGAAGCUCAUAGUCCUUCGGGCACUAUGGCGGGCCAGACGGUAAUUGCAGCCUUCUUCUUCAACAUACCGCUGCAAGGACAAAAGACAGUGAAUUACAUGCUUCGGUCCGCUCUCUGUCGAAUACUCAUGAAACGGGGUGAUCUUGUCAAUCUCUUCAUGCGAGAGGCAUUCAUAUACGGCACAUAUCUUCUUGAAUCGCCUUUGUCGUGGCCUACUUUAAAGUCGGCCUUUGAGGGAGCUGUACAAGUAGCUCCAGAUACCAAGUUUAUCCUCCUGCUCGAUGCCUUGGAUGAAUGCAUGCCCGAGAAUGGCACCAAAUUUGACCGUACCCCAGAAGCGCUGGAGACUCUCUAUGAGAGGGUGUUAGACGACGUUCUGUCAGCCUACAGGCGGGAGGCAGCCAGGAUUCUUCGAAUUGUCGCUAUCGUGCCAUUUCCAUUAGACAUUGAUCUGCUAAGCAUGGCAGUCGAGGAUCAUCGCUCUAGUUCUGAGCCCGGUAUCUCUAUGCAGGAUGUUCGAAGCGAUCUUCACGCUAUCAAUGCCAGAUUUGGAUGUGAUAAAGUGGACAAAAACGAGUCAGCUAAGGAAGAAUGGAGACUUAGGGCAACUAUACAUAUGAACAGCCGUUGUGGCGUUCUUCUGUCUCUUCAAAAUAGAAACGACGUCUGCUUCUUCCAAGAAUUCGUGAGGAGUUUUCUCUCAGAGCCUCGAACUCUUCGACGUUUAAUCGGAGGGCUGACAGACACAAGCUUCGACCCUCCCAUCAACUUGCUCAGCGCUUGCAUUAUUCGCCUCAAACAAAAUCUUGACGAUGGAUGGCAAAGAGAGUAUUCCACCGUUGAUUACAAAGCACUUGUCAACUUGGUGACCGCCGACAUUGAAAAUGGGCCAGCUAUGAAAGCCGAGCUAUGGUCAUAUCUGCGCACUGCAGUGGAUGAGGGGGUCAUAAUGCUGAAGGACAACAGCAAUGUCUCCCCCCUCAAACAUCUCAUUAAUACGAAGGACCGAGCUGCGCUCCCUUGGGCAACCACCAUCCGCGACUCUUAUUUUUUUCUACCCCCUGACAUAGUAGAGGCUUUCUUUAGCUUGCACGCGGAUCCCAAUGAUGCUACAACAGCUCGGAAUGUGUGGCGUGAAGUUCUCGAGGCAGGCUACCACGUAUUCUUCGCUGUCGACAUGGUGCCAACUGACCCAGGUCUGGCGCAGACAUACGAGAACGGGAACAGACGGAUCAAGACCACGGGGCCGUUCCUAGACCACGCAGCCGAUGUGAAUGCACGUUUUCUCAAGGUCACGUUCGAAUUGCGCGGUCCUCCAGUGGCCAAGAUCCCGGUACUAUAUUUAGAUUCUUAA